AAGGGCCCUUAAUCUCAUAUACAGUUAUUUACCUACUGACGGAAUUAUUGGAUGCUGUGAAUAAAAUUGAGAAAUUUCUAUUACAGCCGAGGAUUAAGAGUGCAGUGUUGGGGCGUCUUCGGGCACCGGAAAAAAUGUCGACGGGGAAGACAAUGUUGAACCUCGGCUGGAUUCUGGCCUAUAUUGUUCAGCAAUUUCACAGAGACUCAGGCGGAGUAUCUAAAUCAUUUUCGGUCUUGAAUUGUUUUGAUUGGAUGGGCGAUGACCAGAGAUUUUGUUUGGCUACCACCCAAUUCCCAAUUGCUUGGUUUCUUGCAGGUUUAAGAUGUAGCAAUGUAAAGGUGGCAAACUAAUAUGAGCAUGGCAGAGAAGAGAAGAAUCAGUGGAGGAGGGGAAGUGUUAAUAACAGUUUCAGGUGAUGAAAUCCCUAAAGGAUCUGACUCAAAAGAACCAGAUAAUGUUGCUAUUUGUCUGAGCAAACCAAAUUCGCUUACAAAAGAAUCAACUGGUUCUAUGAGCAAUUCUUCUCCUGAGGCAUCAAGGAAAAACUACUUAACUCCGAAAGGACCGCUGAUGGCGUCUCCUGGUGAGCAUGCAGAUGAUGAGGAUGAAGUGGAGGAGGAUGUUGUCAAGAAAGUUGAAUCAAGUCAAGAGAAGCAUAAGAGAGUAAGUAUUAAAGCUGUGAUUCAAUGGAUUUCCUUUGUGUGUAUUGUUGGAUGCUUGGUGGCAAGCUUGACUGCGGAAAAACUGAAAAAACCCAUAAUUUGGGGCUUGGAAUUCUGGAAAUGGUGCGUGCUUGUGUUGGUUAUAUUAUCUGGCAUGUCAAUCACUAAUUGGAUUAUGCAGUUUAUUGUUUUUCUGAUCGAGAAGAAUUUCUUGCUAAAUAAGAAAGUACUCUAUUUUGUUUAUGGGUUAAAGAAGAGUGUUCAAGUGUUUGUUUGGAUUGGUUUGGUUCUUCUUGCCUGGGAAUUUCUAUUUACUCGUGGAAUUAAGCGAUCUAAGACUGCCACCAAGUUUCUAAAAUUUGUUACUUGGACUCUUAUUUCACUUCUUGUUGGGUCAUUCUUGUGGCUGGUGAAGAAUUCAUUGUUACAGAUUUUAGCAUCUAAUUUCCAUGUCAACAGAUUCUUUGAUAGAAUUCAAGAAACAGUCUUCUGUCAGUAUGUCCUGCAAACUCUUUCGGGGCCUCCACUCAUAGAAGAGGCCGAAAGGGUUGGAAAAUCGUCUAGCACGGGCGAACUGAGCUUCAGGAGCACUAAAAAGGGAAAAACAAGGGAGAAUAUGGUGAUUGAUAUGGGAAUGGUUCAUAAGAUGAAGCAAAAAAAGGUUUCAGCUUGGACCAUGAAGGUUUUAGUAGAUGCAGUCACAAAUUCAGGACUUUCUAUAAUCUCUAAUACAUUGGAUGAUGAUAGUGUUGGUGAAAGGAAAAAACUGACUGACAUGGAGAUUACCAAUGAGAUGGAAGCAACUUCUGCUGCCUAUCACAUUUUCAGGAAUGUCGCUAAGCCUGGUUGGAACUACAUUGAUGAGGAGGACCUUUUAAGGUUUGUGAUUAGGGAAGAGGUGGAACUUGUUUUCCCGCUGUUUAUAUUAUCCGAGAAUCGACAAAUUGACAGAAAAUCUCUCACAGACUGGGUGGUUAAAGUUUACAAGGGUCGGAAAGCUCUUGCGCAUGCUUUAAAAGACACCAAAACAGCAGUGAAACAACUGAACAAACUUGUGACAGGGAUUGUGAUAAUCGUGACCUUUGUUAUUUGGCUUCUUUUGAUGGAAAUUGCGACUACAAAAGUACUCGUAGUUCUCUCAUCACAGCUUGUAGUUGUAGCCUUUAUCUUUGGGAAUACCUGCAAAACCAUAUUCGAAGCAAUAAUAUUUGUUUUCGUGACACAUCCGUUCGAUGCUGGCGAUCGGUGUGUUGUUGACGGUGUGCCUUUGUUGGUGGAGGAAAUGAACAUCUUAACGACGGUUUUCUUGAAGCUUGAUAAUGAAAAGGUGUACUAUCCAAAUGCUGUUUUGGCUAGGAAGCCGAUCUCCAAUUUUUACAGAAGCCCUGCCAUGGGUGAUACUGUGGAAUUCUCAAUUGAUUUUGCGACACCGACGAAAAAGAUUGGAUUGCUGAAAGACGAAAUCAAGCACUACUUGGAGAGGAAUCCUCAACACUGGCAUCCUAAUCACAGUGUAGUGGUGAAAGAUAUUGAGAAUGUGAACAACUUACAAAUGGCUCUCUACUGUAAUCACACAAUGAACUUCCAAGAAUUCAGGGAGAAAAACAAGCGUCGCACUGAACUUGUCCUUGAGAUAAAAAGGAUUUUCGAAAAGUUACGUGUAAAAUACUAUCUUUUGCCCCAACAAGUUUACAUCCGCCAUAUCAGUGGCAGAGCCACUCACAGGCGCAUCCGUAUGCCAGCGCUGGUAAGAGUUGGUCAGAGACGCAAAUUUCCUUAGAAAAAGAUUCUGAAGCUGAUAGUUCGCCUCCUCCAACUAAAUUUUCUGACUAUGUCAUUGCGCCAUAUCGGAACAUAAUCAACAAUGGUAACCAAAAUGUAAUUCUCACUUAGCAUGAAAAUCUAGUUGCUCGGAAAUCAGUUUACUUCAUUAGCAAGCUAUAAUCUCUGAUCGUAAUGAGAUUGACUUUUUGUAUCAAAAGUUUGUUCUUAUAUAUUUUUUUCAAGUUAAUUCAAAUUAGUUGGUUUUGAUA